CGGUGUCUUGGCUCUACAAACAUUCAGCUGUGUUCAUUCUCCUGCGCUCAGUUUGUAUGCAUGUGUCUGUGAAUGUAUAUGUGUGUGAGUGUGUAUUGAACUUCAUGUGUUGAGCUGGACUAGCCUCUUCUGCAUACUCAACUGGGCUGCUGUGAAGCAUUGGCUCUUGAGGGACAAUGGUGUGGGUCAAGAGAGUCUCUCUCUUGCUCCUUCUGCUGGCUGUGAGAUGCGUAGCACUGGAAGAACCCAAGAAGAAUGAAUGUGUUGGUGGACAUCCAGGAAUACCAGGAGACCCAGGCCACAAUGGAAUGCCAGGCCGAGAUGGACGAGAUGGGUUCAGAGGUGACAAGGGUGAUCGAGGUGAAAUCGGCAUCACCGGACCAACUGGACAGAGUGGCCCCAAAGGAGACAAAGGGGAGCUGGGUACAGCUGGUCUGGCAGGAAUUAAGGGCAGACGGGGUGAGAAUGGAGAGAAGGGGCCACCAGGGAAGAUGGGGCCCCAAGGAGUCUCAGGGCCCAUAGGCCUAAAGGGCCAGAAGGGGGAGCUCGGGUUACCAGGAAUCCAGGGACCGAAAGGGGAUUUGGGGCCUCUGGGACCUGAAGGGCAGAAGGGGGAGAUCGGGCUCCAGGGGGACCGAGGCAUCCAGGGGCCCUUGGGAACUCCAGGCCGACCAGGACCGAAGGGAAACCUCGGCCCCCCAGGGUUCAAAGGCAACAUUGGUUACCGCGGAGAGCGAGGGAAUCUGGGUGAGACAGGGGAGAAGGGAGAGAAGGGGGACACAUUCUUCAUCCCAAAAAGCGCGUUCUCAGUGGGUCUAACCGAAUACACCAAACUCCCACCGGCUAACGCACCGAUCAGGUUUGACAAGGUGAUUUACAACCGGCAGGACCAUUAUGACCCACAGACCGGACGGUUCACCUGCGUGGUGGCUGGGGCCUACUACUUUACCUACCACAUCACUGUGUUCUCCCGUAAUGUAAAAGUAGCAUUAGUGAGAAACGGGGUGAAGGUGAUCCACACCAUGGAUAACUACCAGAGCAGUGAGGACCAGGCGGCAGGCGGGACUGUGUUGCACCUGGAGAAAGGGGACAAGGUGUGGCUGCAGGUGGCUGGAGGAGAGCUCUUCAACGGGCUGUUUGCUGAUGAAGAUGAUGAUACAACCUUCUCUGGGUUCCUUCUCUUUGGUGCAGAAUAGGGGUUAGGUCCACAUGGCUCAGUGAAGUAACACAGGAAAGUUACAAUACUUUAUUACCGCCUGUUACAUAUAACUUUAAUAUGACUUUAAUAUGAAGUUCACAUGACGUUAAUAGCCUGUCGUAUACAGUAAUUUUAGGCAAUGACAAAAGCAUUGUUUAAAUGGUUUGUUAUCAAAUAUGAACAUAAACGAAACAACAGUGUGUGUAAUAUUUUGAUGCUGCAACUGAUUUUGCCUAUCAUUUAAGAUCAUCUCUCUGAUAACUCUGCAAACUAUGACAGAUUUCCUGUGACAUGUGUUCUUGUAUCUUGUUUGAUUUCAAUAAAAUGUCAUACACUGUAAA